AUGCGCGUCCUAAAGCCCUCCACCCUCUCGGUCCUUCUUGCCGCUUCCUCGAACGCACAAGCUCUCGCGUCAGGAUCAGACCAAGCGGCAUCUUGCUCUCAAUUCGGGGCUUCUCUGGCGCUGGAAAAUGUGACGGUCAACUUCGCAGAGCUCGUGCCAGCCGGCACCAACCUCUCGCUCUCGCAGGACUACGAUCUGGAUUCAUGCGACCAACCGUUUCAGCUUGUCUCGGUGGAUCUGUGCAGGGUAGCUAUGUAUGUGGCGACCACUGAUCGAAGCGGCAUCACGCUGGAGGCGUGGCUACCGACGAAUUGGACGGGGCGGUUUCUGAGUACGGGGAAUGGAGGUGUGAGUGGUUGCAUACAGUAUUAUGAUCUUGCUUAUGCUAGUGGCUUUGGAUUCGCCACUGUUGGAGCUAACAAUGGCCACAAUGGAACGAGGGGCUAUGCUUUUGAGAACAACACGGACGUUGUUCGUGACUUUGCAGACCGUAGCAUGCAUACUGGCGUCGUGGUCGGCAAGCAAGUCACUGAACUUUUUUAUGGCACCGCCCACAACAAGUCCUACUACCUUGGCUGCAGCACCGGUGGCCGUCAAGGUUUGAAAGCCGUGCAAAGCUACCCCGAGGACUUCGAUGGCGUUGUAGUAGGUGCUCCAGCCCUCAACUUUCCCUCUCUCUCAAGCUGGAGCGCUCUCUUCUUCACGCUAUUUGGCGUGGAGGGAGACCCCACCUUUGUGAGCGUGGAUCAGUGGAUGGGCCUGGUUCGUCCCGAGAUUCUCCGUCAGUGUGAUGGGAUUGAUGGGGUUUUGGAUGGAGUUCUUGAGGAUCCAGAUUUGUGUCAAUUCAACCCUGCAACGCUCCUGUGUCCUGCAGGAAACUCAACAGCAGCAGACUGUCUGUCGGAAGAGCAAGUUGGAGCCGUGACCAAAGUAUAUGAAGAUUACUAUGGUGUUGAUGGCGAACUCAUCUACCCGAGGAUGCAGCCUGGGGAAGAAUCUGUCGCAGUUUUCCUCUACUACACGGGAGGGUCUUUCCCGUAUUCAGAUGAUUGGUUCAGAUACGUUGUAUACAACGACUCGAGCUGGGACCCGGCAACAUACAACAUUCAAGACGCCAAGGCAGCCAAAGACCAGAACCCAUUCAACAUCGCCACCUGGGAAGGCGACAUCUCAGCGUUCCAGAAAUCAGGUGGGAAGCUGUUACACUACCAUGGCCUAAGUGACGGUAUUAUCACUUCGACAAAUAGUCCUUGGUACUACAACCACGUCUCCCAGACCAUGGGCAUGAGUCCGUCAGAGCUCGAUGACUUCUACCGCUUAUUUAGGGUGCCCGGAAUGGGCCACUGUGGCGGAGGCACCGGCGCCUAUCUAAUCGGCAAUCAAUUGGAUCAAGUCUCAACUGCUGACCCCCAGGACAACGUACUCAUGCGUAUGGUCGAGUGGGUCGAGAAUGGGAAUGGGCCGGAGACGAUCCGGGGAACGAAAUAUGUCAAUGAUGAUAGAUCUCAAGGUGUGGAGCUGGUGAGAGAGCAUUGCAAGUACCCAAAGAGGAGUACGAUUGUGGAUCCGGCAAACUAUCACAAGGCGGAGGCUUGGAAUUGGCUGCAACAACCACGGUUUACAAUGCCGCCGUUCAAAGAUGACCACAUCCUUAUAAUUGCGCCGGGCUCGCAGACCACGCUCGCCCAACUCGGCCUACCCGAAUCCUUUACGCCGGCUUCGCAUCGAUUCCCUACCAGAGUUUUUGCUGCACCCGAUGGGAAGACUUUCGAGCCGCAUAAAAUCCGUGCAGUCAAGAAGGACACGGCUAGCACAAGCGACGAUGUACAGAUGGGAGGAGCGGAUGGGGAGGAAGAAGAGUUGAUUGAGGAUCCAGAGGAUGAAGAGGGGGCUAUAUGGCCAUUGAAGGAGGGACGGAUCGAGAAUUUGCCUGCCUUCUAUGCCUUCCUGGAACAUGUCAAAGCCACCUUCAAUGCGCCAUUACAUACGCCGGUUAUGUUGAUUGCGCAGCCGUGUUGGACGGCAAAGAAUCACGAAGAUCUUACACAGUUCAUUUUCCAGAGGUUCAAGACGCCUGCUCUGUGCAUUUUGGACAGUGCAAUAUCUACUUCAUACGCCUUCGCCCUGCAGAACGCCACCAUCAUCGAUGUUGGGUUUGAGAAGGUGGACGUUACAGCCGUUGCCGACUUCCAGAUUGCGGGAAGGGGUAUCGUCCGCGGCUCUGGAGGAGAGGCCAUGACACGGAAGUUGAUGGAGCUAUUGGAGACGAAGGAUUUCACGCGAAAUAUGGCCGAGCAUCUGAAGAAGAGCUUGAUCUGCGAGAUUCUGCCUCCGGGAACCCCGAUGCCUGGGACGGACGUAGCAGAUGUGCCGAUGGAUGGUGAUAGCAAUCCGGCUGCUGCUGCGACGACUGGGGCAUCUUCGUCAGGGCCAAAUGUUAAAAUCACUGAGCCACCUCGAGUCCCGCUCUUGGACGAUGUUGAGGAUGAUUAUGCUCUCGGUGACGAUAAACCCAUCGAAGAUGAUGGAGUGUUGGACGUUGCGAGCAUUGUGACCAGCGGGAAGACGCAAGAGUUCCUGGCGAAGAAGCAAAAGGAGAAGGAAGAAAGAGCAGCAUUACGCAAGGCAAAUCGUGAAGCCGAGAAGGAGGCGGCUGCUCUUGCGGCUGCGAGACCGUUGCGAUUGCCCAACUCGAAACGCCCACGUGCUACCUUCCACUAUGAAGAGGCGGUCCAGGACUCACCUGCAGCCAAGCGACAAAGGACCCCUGAGCCAGUUGCCGAAGAACCAGUGUCUGCUAUUGAGUCUAAAGCCGAAGAUGGUAUUCCGGCCGUGGAUGGAGCACCUGCUCCAGUGAUUGAGACUACUCAGCGGGAAGCGAACAAAGCCGCCAAGAAAGAGGAGAAGCGAAAGGAAAGGGAAGAGGCGAAUCCCGGUCGCAUUCGUAGAGAUAUUGAGAUUGGGACCGAGCGUUUCCAGGCAGCGAGCGAGGGCUACCUAGACCAGAUUGCCGAUACGGUCUACCGCACUGUCCUAUCCGUCAACGAUAUCUCGAAGAGACAGGCUGCAUGGGACGCUCUGGUGAUCUGUGGAUCUGGGUCGAAGAUCAGAGGAUUCAAGGAUGCGCUCAUCGCUGUUCUCAACAACCGCUACCUGGUUUCUCCCAGCUCAGCAACCAUGUUCAUGAGCGAGCUUCCUUCCAACCUUGCUACACCCAGCGGCACCGGAUCUCAAACACCAAACGCCUCUUUCUCGUCAACACCACAUGCGCCUCCCACUGCUAGCGCCGUCAAUCCCCUGCUCAUCGCGGCUACCACUGCCUCGAACCCUGCCCUCAACCCUAACGCUUCUAUGGCUUCCUUCAACGAUACUCAAUCUCAUUCUUCGCACUCGCAGUCGCCGACAAGUAUCAAGCUCGCCGUGGCUCCAACCUACUUUCCUGAAUGGAAAAAUUUUGAUGAGGCGGUAUUUCUUGGUGCUCAGGUCGCUGCUAAGGUUAUUUUCGUGGUGGACCAGGGGGCGUCGAAAGGUUUCCUGUCGAGAGUGGAGUUUAAUGAGGAGGGACCUACUGCUAUUCAUCAAAUUGGACUGCUGUACUAG